CGUUACGCGGAAACCGCGAUGUCGCACACGCGUCUCGGGGGCCUCGCGAUCGCGACUCGGCCGCGGGUCUGGAAGCGCGGUGGGAGGUUAGGGGCGGGCGCGGGGGCAGGGGCGAGCCAGGCCAGGGAAACCGCGACAGCGGUAGGUGCGCCCGACCACGGUCGUCGACUAGUGCAGGCUAAGCCGACCGAGCCGAACGCUGGCCGCGCCAUGGCGAGUACAGAGGCCAAGAGGAAGCGGGUGCUCUGCGAGGACAACGUCUUCUCCAACCUGCGGCGCAUGGAGUACGCAGUGCGCGGGCCGCUGCUCAUCCGCGCCCUGGAGAUCGAAAAGGAGCUCGAGAAGGGUGCCCAGAAACCAUUCAAGGAGGUGAUCAAGGCGAAUGUAGGCGACGCCCAUGCGAUGGGACAGAAGCCCAUAACGUUCCUGCGCCAAGUCAUGACCCUGACCUUAUCCCCGGACCUGCUGAACGACCCGAAGUUCCCCGAGGAUGCCAAGACAAGAGCCAGGGAUAUUCUUAAGGGGUGCAAAGGCGGGAGUGUCGGCUCCUAUUCCGAGUCGGCCGGUAUCGAGAUCAUUCGCAAGCACGUGGCUCAGUACAUCCAAGAGCGCGACGGCUUACCCUGCAAUUACACCAACAUCAUCCUCUCGAAUGGCGCCUCCGAUGGGAUCAAAUCCGUCCUGAAGCUGUUCAACGAGCCUCUGGGUGGGAAGCCAUCGGGCGUGAUGAUCCCGAUUCCGCAGUAUCCCCUGUAUUCGGCUUCCCUGGCUGAAUUCGGCCUGGCUCAGGUCGGUUAUUACUUGAACGAGGAGAAUAAAUGGUCGCUGGACGUCCCCGAACUGGAGCGCUCCUUGGCGGAGGCCAAGAAGACCUGCAACCCGAGGGCCCUCGUCGUCAUCAACCCCGGGAACCCUACGGGCCAGGUUCUGACCAGGGCCAACAUCGAAGACAUCAUCAAGUUCGCUUACAAGAACAAUCUCUUCAUCCUCGCGGACGAGGUCUACCAGGACAAUAUCUACGACAAGGACAGCUCCUUCCAUGCCGUGAAGAAGGUCAUGACCGAGAUGGGCGAGCCCUACUCCGGCAUGGAGCUCGCCUCCUUCAUGUCCAUCUCUAAGGGGUACAUGGGCGAGUGCGGUAUUCGCGGAGGCUACACUGAGAUCAUCAACGUUGAUCCGGCUGUCCUGGCGAUACUCCACAAGUCGAUCUCUGCGAUGCUCUGCCCCACGGUGGUGGGCCAAGUCGCCAUGGACGUAGUCGUUAACUCCCCGAAGAAGGGCGAGCCCUCGUACGAGCAGUUCCUGAAGGAAAAGACCUCCGUCCUGGAGUCGCUGGCCGAGAGGUCGCGCCUGGUCGUAGAUACAUUGAACAGUAUUCCCAAUAUCAAGGCGAAUCCGGCCAUGGGAGCCAUGUACGUCUUUCCUCGCGUCACCCUGCCCGAAAAAGCGAUCCAAGCUGCGAAAGCCGCUGGCCAGCAGCCAGACGUUUUCUAUGCCUUCAAGUUACUAGAGAGCACCGGCAUCUGCGUCAUCGCCGGCUCGGGUUUCGGACAGAAACCCGGGACCUAUCACUUCAGGACGACCAUUCUCCCCCAGAAGGACAAGAUCAAGACCAUGCUCGACAGCUUGAAGCGGUUCCACGUCAAGUUCCUCGAGGAGUACAGCUAAGGACGCAAACUGGAGCCGAGAAAGGAUGACCGCGUACCCUAUGGUACGCGAGAUAAUCAAACCCAGGUUAGACCUGGGGCGAGAAGGGCAUCUUCGAGGCGCGAUUUCGCCCGGAGCUGGGACCCUGAAGAAACCUCGUCGAGGGACUGCCCGGAUCGCUAAGUCGACUGCCGGUCUAUAUAGUGAUCUAUUGAGAUUCUGUAAAUAAAGAUCCGUUCGAUCGUCCUGCCAACAUCCUGGCAGGGCGAUAAUCGGUCGUCGAUCGACCCGCAACAUUUGGCUAAUCAAAUAAAUCAUGUUAAUACUCUGGGAA